AUGAGCAUUCUAGUGUGGAACUGCCGAGGGCUUGGGAACCCUCGGCCAGUUAGAAUCCUUAAAAAACUAGUUAAGGAUAAGUGCCCCAAUCUAGUCUUUCUAGUGGAAACAAAAACUGAGAAACAAAGAUUACAAAGUGUAAGAAGAAGUCUGAGUUUAGAUGGCUGUUUUGCAGUGGAUAGCAUGGGACUUAGUGGUGGGAUUGCUUUAUUGUGGAAAGAGGAGUGGGAAGUUACAAUUAUUAACUACACUCUUUGGCAUAUCAGUGCAGUAGUUAAGGAAGAAGACAAUGGACAAACAUGGCAAUUCACAGGAUUCUAUGGACACCCAGAAACAGCAAAAAGAAAAGGGAGUUGGCAAUUACUUGAAAUGUUAAAACCCCCCACACCUAUGGCCUGGCAGUGUGCAGGAGACUUCAAUGAAAUCCUGCACCAGAAGGAGAAACAAGGGGCGGUAAGUAGACCAUACAAACAGAUUGAGGAUUUCAAGAAGGUAGUCGAGAUCUGUGGACUCCAAGACCUCCACUCACUGGGACAAAGCUUUACUUGGUCCAAUAACAGAAGAGGAAGGGACUUUACAAAAGAAAGAAUUGACAGGGCAAUGGUUAACAAGGAAUGGAGUGAGUUAUUUAGCUCUGCCACCUGUACUGCUCUAGCAGCAAUAAAGUCUGAUCACUCUCCUCUAUGCAUCAGCAAACAUAAGGAGGGCAAUGGAAAAAGGAAAAGGAAAGUGUGCUUUAGAUAUGAGGUCGCUUGGGACCUAAAAGAGGAGUGUAAGGUAAUAGUAGAAAAAGCUUGGAAGGCAGAUAGAAUGAAUGGAGGAGGAGUCAACUUAGUGAGACUAAAACUUGAACUAUGCCAGAGGGGUUUAGUGCAAUGGAAUCAGAAGGAAAGAAUGCAGACUCAAAAGGAUAUCAACCAGAAACUAAAAAAGAUUAGUCAUCUCCAGGAGACAGGCAGUGGGGAGCACAUAGCAGCCAUGAAGCACCUUUAA